UCCCUCCUUUGGUUGGUAUUGGUCGCUCGAUCGGACGGAACUCUAGAUCUCGGAUGGCCGAUGCCCGGGGUGGAAGCUUUGGAAGCUUAAAGCUCGGACGCUAUCGUCAAAGUUUAUGGAGUUGAUGGAGAUGAAGAUGGAGGUCGUAGGGUUCGGUGGGCGGGGAUUUGCUAGUCAUGCAUGCUUGACGUUUGCAAAGGGCAUCCCUGACUCGCGGAUGAUGGAUCUGUUGGGUCUGAGGUCUUUAAAUUCUCGUGGACCUCUUGUAACCUUCAACUCUUUCCAACCUUUGAUCUGGACAACAUGCGCCGCUGCAUAGCGCA